AUGGCCACUGAUUCAGGGGAGCUAGCUGGCACAGAAGAUUCUGAGAAACCUGAUAGAGUUUCAUUGGAAAACAUAGUUCCUCAGGAUGCUGCAGCUUUGACAGUGGAAGCUAGAAUAAAGGAAAAAAAUACUACUUUCUCUGCUUCUGGGGAAACUGUAGAAAGGAAGAGAUUUUUCCGAAAGAGUAUUGAGAUGACUGAGGAUGACAAAGUUACUGAAUCUCCCCUCAAAGAUGAGAGAAUAAAGACUGCACCAAAUAUCCCAAGAGUAGAUAAACUUCCAACAAAUGUGUUAAAAGGUGGACAAGAAGUUAAAUAUGGACAGUGUUCAAAGACAAUUUCAGAAUCCUCAAAAGAGUGUGCCAAGGAGAAGAAUGAAAAAGAGAUGGAAGAAGAAGCAGAAAUGAAGGCUGUAGCUACCUCUCCUAGUGGCAGAUUUUUGAAAUUUGAUAUUGAAUUGGGAAGAGGAGCAUUUAAAACAGUAUAUAAAGGACUGGACACAGAAACAUGGGUUGAGGUUGCUUGGUGUGAGCUGCAGGACAGGAAAUUAACCAAAGCUGAACAGCAAAGAUUCAAAGAAGAAGCAGAGAUGUUGAAGGGUCUACAACAUCCCAAUAUAGUUCGAUUUUAUGAUUCUUGGGAGUCUAUUUUGAAAGGAAAGAAAUGUAUUGUAUUAGUGACUGAACUAAUGACAUCAGGAACAUUAAAGACGUACUUAAAACGAUUUAAAGUCAUGAAACCAAAGGUCUUGAGGAGCUGGUGCAGGCAAAUUUUGAAGGGGUUGCAGUUCUUGCACACUAGGACUCCUCCUAUCAUUCAUCGGGAUCUGAAAUGUGAUAAUAUUUUCAUCACUGGACCCACUGGAUCUGUGAAGAUUGGUGAUCUAGGACUAGCCACCUUAAUGCGUACAUCAUUUGCUAAGAGCGUUAUUGGAACUCCUGAGUUCAUGGCCCCAGAGAUGUAUGAGGAACACUAUGAUGAAUCUGUAGAUGUCUAUGCUUUUGGAAUGUGUAUGCUGGAAAUGGCUACUUCAGAGUACCCUUAUUCUGAGUGUCAGAAUGCAGCUCAAAUAUACCGGAAAGUAACGAGUGGCAUAAAACCAGCUAGUUUCAAUAAAGUCACUGAUCCUGAAGUCAAAGAAAUUAUUGAAGGAUGUAUUCGUCAAAACAAAUCUGAAAGGUUGUCUAUCAGGGACCUACUAAACCACACAUUUUUUGCUGAGGAUACAGGACUGAGAGUGGAGUUAGCAGAGGAAGAUGAUCGUUUAAAUUCAUCCUUGGCUUUAAGACUAUGGGUUGAAGACCCUAAAAAAUUGAAAGGCAAGCACAAAGACAAUGAAGCUAUUGAAUUCAGUUUCAAUUUAGAAACAGAUACACCUGAGGAAGUAGCAUAUGAAAUGGUCAAAUCUGGUUUCUUCCAUGAAAGCGAUUCCAAAGCUGUUGCCAAGUCCAUUAGAGACCGUAUGAUCUUGAUAAAGAAGACAAGGGAAAAGAAGCCAGCUGACUGUUUAGAAGAACGCAGAGAUUCUCAUUGUAAGUCUGUGGGGAAUGUGCUCCCUCAGCACCAGAAUACAACUUUAUCCCCUGCUCAGCCAACUGUGUCUGAAUGUGAAGAAACUGAAGUUGAUCAGCAUGUUCGAAAACAGCUUCUACAAAGAAAGUCACAUCAGCACUGUUCCUCUGUUGCAGGUGAUAAUUUGUCUGAGCAAGGAGCUGGAUCAGUUAUGCAUUCAGAUACUUCAAGUCAACCCAGUAUAGCCUAUUCCUCCGACCAGACAAUGAGCUCUCAAAUGGUUUCCAAGACCCUUCAGACUGAAAUAAACGUUCCAGUAAAGAUUUACCCAUCUCCGCAGCUCGGAGGACAUUACCAGCAAAUUUCUGGGUUGCAGAAGCAGCCAAAGCUGACUCAGCCUCAAGUUUUGCCUUUGGCUCAAGGUCAGUCCAUUGUUUUGCCUGUACAUGUCCCUGGGCCUCCAGCUGUUUCACAACCCCAAGUUUCCCCAGUAACUGUCCAGAAGUUCUCACAGAUUAAGCCCGUAUCCCAGCCAUUUGGAGUUGAACAACAAUCAGCUCUUCUAAAACCAGAUUUAGUUCAUAGCUUGAGUCAUGAUGUAGCACCUAUGAAGGAAAGCACCAAUAGCCCAGAUAGCCCAAGUGGAAAUGGCAAACAAGAUCGGAUUAAACAGAGAAGAGCUUCCUGUCCUCGACCUGAGAAGGGGACUAGAUUCCAGCUUAUUGUUCUUCAGGUAUCAACUUCUGGAGACAACAUGGUAGAGUGUCAGCUGGAGACACACAAUAACAAGAUGGUCACUUUCAAAUUUGAUGUUGAUGGUGAUGCUCCAGAAGAUAUUGCAGACUAUAUGGUCGAAGACAACUUUGUGCUAGAAACUGAGAAAGAAAAAUUUGUAGAAGAAUUGCAGGCUAUCGUAGGUCAAGCCCAUGAGAUCCUUCAUGUCCACUCUGAUGCAGAAAGAGGCUUUGGAGUUGACUCUAUUCCUGUGGAAUCCAGCAGUAACCAAACAGGAUCAUCUGAACAACUACAGAUAAAUUCUGCAUCCACUCAAACCAGCAAUGAGUCUGCUCCUCAGUCAUCCCCAGUUGGUCGGUGGCGUUUCUGUAUCAAUCAAACAAUAAGAAAUCGUGAGGCUCAGUCUCCUCCUCUUCACCAUUCUCUGUCUACAGUUCCUGGACUACAUCCACUUUCUAGUCCAAGAAGCACAAAUAAUAAGGAAAUAUCACAGGACACAUUGUCCACUAUAGAAAAUAAUCCAUGCCAGCAUGCAAUUUUCACCUUCAAAUCAAAACACAAGGAUUUAGUUGAUGGUAAGAUUUCUGAAUAUGCUAGUGUAAAAACUGAGCAGCCAGCUAUACUUUACCAAGUGGAAGAUGACAGGCAGAUAAUGGCACCAGUUGCCGAUAGUUCCAAUUAUACCACUACUUCUGUUCAUCCCGUUCCAGUUGAAUGUGAGGGAUUCACCACCCAAGCAUGCAUAUUCCUACCUGUGCAUCCAUAUCAGCAAGCUGCCAAUCAGGCUGAUGUACUUAUGACCCAUCCUGGAGAGUCAACUCAGAUUGCCGGUAACUCUCUUACAACGCAGACAUUUACGUCUGAUCAAAAGCCUCAAUCCUUAUCAGUGCGGCAGCCAGCUAUGGAUGCAGAAUUUAUUUCCCAGGAAGGAGAAACUGCAGUGAACACUGAGGAAAAUUCUCCUAAGACAGUCCUUCCCACUCAGACCCCAGGCCUUGAACCAACUACCCUUCUGCCCACCACUGUUCUGGAAUCAGAUGGGGAAAGACCUCCAAAAAUGGAGUUUGCAGACAACCGAAUUAAAACUCUGGAUGAAAAAUUAAGAAACUUGCUCUAUCAGGAGCAUAGUAUAUCUAGCAUCUAUCCUGAAAAUCAGAAGGAUACCCAAAGCAUAGACUCUCCAUUUUCUUCCUCUGCUGAAGAUACACUCUCCUGUUCAGUGGCAGAAGUUAUACCCAUCAGUCACUGUGGAAUUCAAGAUGGUCCUGCACAAUCCCCUAAUUUUCAGGAGACAGGCUCUAAGAUUCUUUACAGUGUGGCUGCAAGUCAGCCUGCUAAUGUAUCAGUGCUCAAAAGGGACCUGAAUGUGAUAACUUCUAUACCCAGCGAAUUGUGUUUGCAUGAGAUGUCCUCAGAUGCUUCACUUCCAGGGGAUCCAGAGGCCUGUCCUGCUGCUGUAUCAAGUGGUGGAGCCAUUCAUCUGCACACAGGAGGUGGAUAUUUUGGCCUAAGCUUUACUUGUCCUAGUCUCAAAAGUCCUAUUAGCAAGAAAUCCUGGACUCGCAAAUUUAAAAGCUGGGCAUACAGGCUACGGCAGUCAACCAGCUUUUUCAAGAGAUCAAAAGUCCAUCAAGUGGAAACAGAAGAUAUGAGACCAGCAGUUGCUCCUGAUCACAUUCCUUUGACACAAGAGUCCAUAGCUGAUACUAGGGCUUUGAGUAGAUGUAAUACGAUGAGUGGAUCAUUUCAGCAUGGUCGGUUCCAGGUGAUUACAGUUCCUCAGCAACAGACAGUGGAGGUGACAUCUUUUGGAAUAGAGCACAUACCAGCUUUCAAUCAAAUGACAAACUAUUCUAAUGAAGAAACUCUCGUCUUUACUGAAACAGCAAACUCUCAGUUGAUAGAAAUGGAACCUGCUCUGCACAAUCCACAAACUUCAUUUUCUCCUCAGAAAUUACAAGCUCUUCAUAAAACCAUUAAGGAAGAUAAUGGAAUUCCCCAAAAAAGUGACAACAUAGUAUCUUAUAGCACAGCUUGUGAGACUGAUAUAUCUUCUAUGACCCCAGAAAAGGAAUUGGAAGAAACUUUAGCCACAGGAAUUAAUAUGCAAUCUGGAGCUGAACUAUUGAUUAAGAAAAAAGAGACAAUGAUGGUUGGGACACAGACUAGCUCUGAUAGUGAAUUUUCAGCCCCUCUUACUGGCAACCAAAAGUCAGUGGCAAAGACUUGUCCAGAGAGUAAUCAGUGCCAAGAAGAACAGGCCUAUGUUCAAACACAGAGCUCACUCUUCUAUUCACCAUCUUCUCCAAUGAGCAGUGAUGAUGAAUCAGAAGUAGAGGAUGAGGAUUUAAAGAUGGAGCUUCAAAGAUUACGAGAAAAACAUAUUCAGGAGGUGGUGAAUCUUCAAACCCAGCAAAAUAAGGAGCUACAGGAACUCUAUGAACGUCUUCGAUCAUUGAAAAAUAGCAAAACCCAAUCAUCAGAGACCCCUCUGCCACCUGCAUCACCUCGUCGACCAAGAUCUUUCAAAAGCAAACUUCGAAGCCGCCCCCAAUCCCUGACACAUGUGGAUAAUAGCAUAAUUGGUACAGGUAAAGACUGCCUCAUCUUUCUCAUGCAGAAUCCACUGCACUUGGAAAAUAAUGCAGUAUCGUGCCAGCAAUCUCCAGGUAGUAAAAAAGGGAUGUUCACAGAUGACUUGCACAAACUGGUAGAUGAUUGGACCAAGGAAACAGUAGGAAAUGCUCUUACUAAGCCAAGUUUAAAUCAACUUAAGCAGAGUCAACACAAAUUAGAAAGAGACAACUGGAACAAAGCACAUGAAAAUACUUCCUCUACUGUGGGCUACACAUCAACGUGGAUUUCUUCUCUGUCACAAAUUCGUGGAGCUGCCCCAACUUCCUUACCACAAGGACUCUCACUCCCUUCAUUUCCUGGGCCAUUAUCAUCAUAUGGGAUACCCCAUGUUUGUCAGUAUAAUGCUGUUGCGGGGACAGGGUAUCCAAUACAGUGGGUAGGAAUUUCAGGAACAACACAACCGUCCAUAGUAAUUCCUACACAAUCUGUGGGACCAUUUCAGCCUGGAAUGAAUUUGCAGGCAUUUACAGCUUCACCAGGGCAGAAUCCAGCCACAAUUCCUCCAGGUCCCAAAUGA